GGAAAAAGCAACGGGAGGAAAGACCAUGGAGGGAGAAAGCUGGAUGUAUUAGCUGCUUUGCUACUUUGGGGAACUUCUGUCCUUCUUUCACUUUUGCCUGCACGAAUCAAAGCGCCCCGAUGCGGCGAUACCCGGUGUGUAUUUUAUGGGCUUGGAAAACGUCGUAAAUCUCCCGAACAUUCAAACGUUCAACGACAGUCUGACUGCGGACGGUUAGCACAGCCCGACUAAAGUUAGCCCGCUCCGGCUAACUUAGCCUGUCUCAGCUAGCAAGAGAGGACAAAAACGGGCCAGUGGAAAAGGAGUUAAUGCUACAAGUGGCGCUGCGGCGUGAAGUGACGAGUAAUGUUGCCUCCUGGGAUUAACUUCAGAUACGGAUGAGAAAGAAAUCGGCGACUGGGGAACACCGAGAGCAACUGCGAGCCAGAGGACCACUGCUAUGUUGGGGUUGAUUCACGGCUCCCGCAGCCCGUCUGAGUCCCGAGGUUGGCCACACUCGGUGCUGUGGAGGCUUGGGGGCUUCUUCUUCCUCCUGCUGCUGGAGGGGGCCGGCUGCCUCGCCAGCCCCAGCAGCACUUCAGGCGUCAACAACAACAACAACAACCACCCGAGUGUCAACAUUUACAUGAGUGUGGAGGAGGUGAAGAAGCUUUUGGGCCUAGAUGCAGAGCUUUACUAUGUGCGAGAUGAUGUGGUGAAUCAUUAUGCACUCUCCUUCACCCUUCCUGUGCCCAGUGAGACCAACAGCCUUCACUUCACAUGGCAUUCCAAGGCAAAAAUUGACUACCGGCUUGGCUUCCACGUGGAGAACCCUGUGGCCAUGAACCAACCAAGGAGCAACAUCUCCAGUCAGGGGGAGGUGCCCCGCGUCCCCUCUGUCUUUAGAGUGGACCUCUUUUGUUCCGGCAAAGUAGAUGGAGAGGCUGUCGUGACUGUGCAGCUCAACCUGACCAUCCAUGCCAACAACUACACAGUGCUCAACUUCAAGAGGAGGAAAAUGUGCUAUAAGAGAAUAGAUUCGGACCCAAAGAUUCCCAUUCCCCUCAACAAUAACACUCUUCAGCGGCCUGACUUAGAUGGCGUGACCACCCCCACCAGCUCCACUCAGGUGUUCUAUAUAAGCGUGAGCGUCUGCUGCAUCGUCAUCUUCCUUGUGGCCAUCAUCUUGGCCAUCCUGCACCUGCACAGCAUGAAGAGAGUGGAGAGCGAGGACAGUGUGAGUGACAGUGGGAGCUCACAGGGCCUGUCUCAGCCGUCCACCCAGACCACACAGUACCUGAGGGCUGACACACCAAACAACGCAGCCCCUGUCACAAACAAUCACCCUGGUUCUGCACCCAUACUCCAGCUUGCUGCCUCCUCCUUCCAAAACCCCGGUGCCCCCCCCCAUGAAACCAAAAGCUACCCAUCUCUCCGCAUAGAGAAGAAUGACCUGAGGAGUGUUACUCUAAUGGAGGCCAAAGCUAAAGUGAAAGACAUUGCCAUCUCAAGGGAGAGAGUCACUCUGCGAGACGUGUUGCAUGAAGGCACGUUUGGCCGCAUCUUCCAUGGCGUGCUGCUGGAUGAGAAGGACCCCAGUAAGGAGAAGCAGGUCUUUGUGAAGACAGUGAAAGACCAUGCGUCUGAGGUGCAGGUGACCAUGAUGUUGACUGAAAGUUGCAAACUUCGUGGACUUCAUCAUCGAAACCUAUUGCCUAUAAGUCAUGUGUGCACAGAGGACGGAGAGAAGCCAAUGGUGCUGCUGCCUUUCAUGGCUUGGGGGAAUCUCAAGCUGUUCCUGCGGCAGUGCAAGCUAGCUGAGGCUAACAACCCACAGGCGAUAUCUCAGCAGGACUUGGUUUACAUGGCCAUCCAGAUUGCAUGUGGAAUGAGCUACCUGGCUCGCAGGGAGGUCAUCCACAAAGACCUCGCCGCCAGGAACUGCGUCAUUGACGACAACAUGCAGGUGAAGAUUACAGACAAUGCCCUCGCUCGAGACCUGUUUCCCAUGGAUUACCACUGUCUGGGGGAUAACGAGAACCGGCCUGUUCGCUGGAUGGCCCUGGAAAGCUUGCUCAACAAUGACUUCUCUAGUGCAAGUGACGUGUGGGCCUUCGGAGUGACCCUGUGGGAGCUGAUGACUCUGGGUCAGACCCCCUACGUCGACAUUGACCCGUUUGAGAUGUCGGCCUACCUGAAGGACGGCUACAGAAUAGCACAACCUAUCAACUGUCCAGAUGAACUGUUUGCAGUGAUGGCUUGUUGCUGGGCCCUGGACCCAGAGGAGAGGCCCAAGUUUCAGCAGCUGGUUCAGUGUCUCACAGAGUUCCACGCAGCGCUGGGGGCUUAUGUCUGAAGGCUUUUUCAAUAAAGACUGGUGGACACUGUCCGUAAGGAAUACAUGUAGGAAGUCGUGCCUUAUCAGAUGAAAGAGCAGACCUGCGCCCAGCGCUUUUAUUUUGUACAGUCUUUUGGAGUUUUUAUAUAGUUGAAUUACCUUUUUACAACAUAGCAAAGUAAAAGGAUUUUUUUUUUGUUGAAUAUUGUUUGAUAUGCUUUGAAAGCGUCUGGCAAGAGGACCAGAACUAUGGACAGAUGUCCUCAUCUACACAGAACAUCAACACUUCUGGAGUUUUUUGUGCCAUGGAACAUUUUUUAAACCUUUUUAAAGCUUCUGACAAAAUGAUUUUCUACAGUUUUGUAACUUAGUGAAACAGUGUACGUUGUAGAUGUGGUUUGGAUGAGAGUAACUCUACAGCAGAGUGAUGUAGGUACCAAAGUAGAUUUAAGGGCUUCACUUGUGUAUGUAAGCGUGUUGUCAAGCGUGCUGCUUCACUCAGGCUCGGUACGAGAGGCUUCCUGGAAACCAGAGCUGCGUUUGCUGAGACGAUUUCUUUGCCCUCUCCCGAUGGCACACUGUUUUCCCUGGAUGCUGCUGCAGAUGAGUUUCCUGUCUCCCGACGGACGUGGAGAUGACUCAGCUGUUUUUAACUCUGCAGCGUGGAACAGACGUGGAGACGCCACAGCUCCUGCAAUAUCAGCGCCACAAAGCUACAUAUAUAUAAACGUUUUUUAGAACAACAUCCGUUGUGAAUUUUGGACACUAUUGUUUGAAAGCCACCAUAUCCUUCCUCUUUUGUACAUUUUAUUUCCACUAUCACUUCCUCCAAAGAAAAUAAUCCUAAUGUUUCUACUUUAUAAGCUUGAUUGUUCUGUGUCAGAACACAGCUCUUCACAGGACUCUCCGACUGAUCUUCGAGAUGAACUAGAACAUUAAUAAUCACUGUGAAUACACAGAACUGCCUGCCAGCUUGGUCUAAUCGUAUUCUCACACCUUUAACAUCUUUGUGAUGUGUCUGUAUGGUCACUGCAUGUUCCCGAGUUCGUAUCCACAAAUUAAAUGGGAUCUUUUAAAUACAA